UGCUGGGCACUGGUCCAGGAGCUGGGGGCACAGCAGGAAGCAAAGCAAGGGUUAAGUGUGUUAAGUGUUUAAGAGAUGCAUAUUUCAGGAUGCCUCUCUAGAUAAGGACAUUAUCCCUCCUGACAAAACUAACAAAAAUCCUGUUAGCUAAUAAUCAGCCACAUUCAUAUUUACCGUCAAAGCUUUUAUCCUCAUUUUACAGCAGUGGAGAGCGAAUGCCCCAGGUCCCACAUUAGGAAGAGAGAGAACUGGGAUUUGCACCCAGGCAGUCUGGGGACACAGCUGUGACCACAGCUCCAUGAGUCAGGGCCGAGCCAACCCCUUCACCACCAGCUGGCCGCGCCCCGGGAAGGGAAGUUUGGGGCGGAGGAGGUUCGUACGGGAGGAGGGGGAGGCGCCCACGCAUCUGGGGCUGACUCGCUCUUUCACAAAACGUCUGGGAGGAGCCCCUGGGGCCACAAAACUGCCUCCUUCCUGAGGCCAGAAGGAGAGAAGAAGUGCAGGGACCCCGCGCACAGGAGCUGCCCUCGCGACAUGGGUCACCCGCUGCUGCUGCCACUGCUGCUGCUGCUCCACACCUGCGUCCCAGCCUCUUGGGGCCUGCGGUGCAUGCAGUGUAAGAGCAACGGGGAUUGCCGGGUGGAAGAGUGCGCCCUAGGACAGGACCUCUGCAGGACCACGAUCGUGCGCGUGUGGGAAGAAGGGGAAGAGCUGGAGCUGGUGAAGAAAAGCUGUACCCACUCCGAGAAGACCAACAGGACCAUGAGCUAUCGGACUGGCUUGAAGAUCACCAGCCUUACCGAGGUUGUGUGUGGGUUAGACUUGUGCAACCAGGGCAACUCUGGCCGGGCUGUCACCUUUUCCCGAAGCCGUUACCUUGAAUGCAUUUCCUGUGGCUCAUCAGACAUGAGCUGUGAGAGGGGCCGGCACCAGAGCCUGCAAUGCCGCAGCCCUGAAGAACAGUGCCUGGAUGUGGUGACCCACUGGAUCCAGGAGGGUGAAGAAGGGCGUCCAAAGGAUGACCGCCACCUCCGAGGCUGUGGCUACCUUCCCGGCUGCCCAGGCUCCAGUGGUUUCCACAACAACGACACCUUCCACUUCCUGAAGUGUUGCAACACCACCAAAUGCAACGAGGGCCCAAUCCUGGAGCUUGAAACUCUGCCACAGAAUGGCCACCAGUGUUACAGCUGCAAGGGGAACAGCACCCACGGAUGCUCCUCUGAAGAGACUUUCCUCAUUGACUGCCGAGGCCCCAUGAAUCAAUGUCUGGUAGCCACCGGCACUUACGAACCGAAAAACCAAAGCUAUAUGGUAAGAGGCUGUGUAACUGCCUCAAUGUGCCAAUGUGCCCACCUGGGUGACGCCUUCAGCAUGAACCACAUCAAUGUCUCCUGCUGUACUGAAAGUGGCUGUAACCACCCAGACCUGGAUGUCCAGUACCGCAAGGCGGCUGCUCCCCAGCCUGGCCCUGCCCAUCUCAGCCUCACCAUCACUCUGUUAAUGACUGCCAGACUGUGGGGAGGCACUCUCCUCUGGACCUAAACCUGAAACCCCCCUCUCUGCCCUGGCUGGAUCCAGGGGACCCCUUGCCCUUCCCUUGGCUCCAGCCCUACAGACUUGCUGUGUGACCUCAGGCCAGUGUGCUGACCUCUCUGAGCUUCAGUUUUGCCAGCUGUGAAAACAGCUAUCACAAAGUUGUGCGAAGCAGAAGAGAAAAGCUGGAGGAAGGCCAUGGGCCAAUGGGAGAGCUCUUGUUAUUAUUAAUAUUGUUGCCGCUGUUGUGUUGUCAUUGUUAUUAAUUAAUAUUCAUAUUAUUUAUUUUAUACUUAAAUAAAGAUUUUGUACCAGUGAACAA